AUCUAUACUUCUCUCAGAUUUUAAAUUUGUUCCCUUCACUUGCAUGUCUAUGAUCAUAACUUCAUAAGCUGAGAGCCUUCAUCAUGUUCAUAGAAAAGUUAAGGCCUUUUUUUCCCCCUUUUGACAAUUUAUAUUGAGUUGGCCAGUUUGCAUGGCAUUGCUUUGUUAAGUGGAUUUAAUUUAGUUCAGCCGAUCGAAGUAGCUAGUUUGGCGAUCUUUAUAUUAUGGUUAAACAGAUUCCUGAGACGUUCACAUCUACAGAUCAUUACUUGAAAUCAUUUAUCUACCCCCUUCUUGAAGAAACACGAGCCGAUUUGUACUCAAACUUGACAACAUUGUGUCGAGCUCCUAUCCUAGAAGUAUUUGAUGUGAAAAUAUCCAAGAAUUUCAGUCCCCCGAAGGAGCUGUAUUACGCUAUGUCAUUGAAGCCUACAAGUGAGUAUGAGGGGAAAGAAGGAAUUUACGAACCUGAGUAUGGAGAUUUGAUGGCAAUUACGGAUGUAAGGCCAAAACGGAUUGAUGAUUUGAAUCAGCCUAAAUGGCCAUAUGUUCUUGCUUUAAUUCAAGGGCCGAAGGAUGAAGGUUCCUUUAAGCUUCCUGUUUUGACAUCGAAGCCAAUUGAUUUUGAGAAAGCAGGCAUAAAGAAGUGUAGGAAUGAGAACAAACUUUUCGCUGUUUAUCUCACAAACUUGACAACAAAUAUGCGCAUAUGGAAAUCUCUGAAUCCUGAUCCAGAAGUUGCAAACAUGAAGAUUCUAACAAGUGUAUUGCAAGUUGACCCCAACGUUGGUUUGGCUUGUAAUGCUUGCUCCUCUGAAAAAGCCGAAGUGUCUACUCAGUUAUUUCGACUUGCACUUGUCCGAGACUUUGGACUGGACAAGUCACAGGAAACUGCUGUCUUAAAUUGCCUUGAUACAAAAGAUUGUAAUCAUCAGAACACGGUGAAGCUGAUAUGGGGUCCUCCUGGAACCGGCAAAACGAAGACAGUUGCUUCUCUGUUAUUUGCUCUGUUACAACUGACAUGCAGAUCAUUGACUUGUGCUCCCACGAAUGUUGCAGUUAUUGGAGUUAUAAAUCGACUGAUGACCUUGUUGAGGCCUACUUUAAAGUAUGAUACAUAUGGACUCGGGGAUAUUCUUUUGUUUGGGAAUGGAGAGCGAAUGAAGAUUGAUGAUUACGAAGAGCUCUUUGAUGUUUUUCUUAACAACCGUGUUUCGGCCCUUUCAUAUUGUUUUUCUCCAUUAAUUGGGUGGAAAGGCAGUGCCGAAGCCAUGAUACGGUUGCUUGAAGACCCUGAGGAACAGUAUCGGUUAUAUUUGAAUAAAGCAAAAGAAAAUAACGAAGAAGACAAUGACGAGGAAGCUGAGAUAGAUGAAAUCUUCCUCGCGGACACCAGUGCAAUGGCCAGCCAAGAUGAAGCUGAUAAGGCCGAAAAUCCUGUCUCAAAAGACAGUAAGCAUCAGGUUUGGAGGAAAGUAAUCAUUCAAACUGUGAAGGAGAAUAAAAAGAAGAAAGAACAGAACAAACCAGAAUCUCAUACAUCGAAGCAUGAAAAAAUGAAGAAAGAUUCUUCUGAUUGCAAGAACCAAAGGAAGCAAAACAAUGGGGUGGAGGAUCUUUUGACCUUUGAGGAGUUUCUUUGGAGGGACUUCACUUCUCUUGGAAACCGAUUGAUCUUUUGUAUAACAAGCUUGUAUACUCACAUGCCGACGUCUUUCAUUCAGGUGGAAGUGGCGAAGGACAUGGCCAGUGUUGUGGAAAUGAUGAAAGCACUUGGAGCUUCAAUUAAAAAGGUUGUUGCAAAUGGAAAGUUAAGAGAUAUUCUCUAUGGAAUUGAAAGUUCAGGAAGACAGGGAAAAAAACCUAAUGAAUUGUUGGCAACAAGAAAAGAGUGCCUUCUGAAACUAAAAAUUCUUCAAGGAAAAUUAUGUCUUCCAAAUCUAAUUGAAGAUUAUCAAAUCAGAAAUUUCUGUUUGCAAAGUGCAACCUUACUAUUCUGUACUGCUUCAGGCUCAUCUAAGUUGCAUACGGAAGGAAUGGCACCAAUUGAAUUACUGAUCAUUGAUGAAGCUGCUCAACUCAAAGAAUGCGAGUCCACAGUACCCCUUCAGCUUCCUGGUCUUAAGCAUGCAAUACUUAUUGGAGAUCAAAAACAACUGCCAGCAAUGGUUCAAAGCAAGUUUUGUGAGAAGGCUGAAUUUGGAAGAAGUUUAUUUGAAAGACUGACGACAUUAGGGCAUCCAAAGAACCUUCUUAAUGUGCAAUAUAGGAUGCAUCCAUCGAUAAGCUUAUUUCCAAAUAGGGUAUUCUAUGGAAAACAAAUAAAGGAUGGUCCCAACGUGAGGAAUGCAAGCUAUAAAAGGAGCUUUUUGAAAGGACAAAUGUAUGGAUCAUACUCUUUCAUUGACAUAAACCAUGGUGUUGAGUUGCUUGAUGAUAGACAUAGCAGGAAAAAUCUCGUGGAGGUAUAUGUGGUCGUCGCGAUCAUAGCUCAGCUUCAUAAACAAUUUCUUCUCUCUAAACAAAAGCUUCGUGUUGGCUGCAUAUCACCAUACAAAGCUCAAGUUUUUGAGCUUCAGGAGAAACUUGGAAAGAUCUAUAGUACAGAUGUGAACAGUGAUUUCUCAGUUACUGUUCGGUCAGUUGAUGGCUUUCAAGGUGGUGAAGAAGAUAUCAUAAUCAUUUCAACUGUGCGAUGCAAUGGGAAUGGGAAAAUUGGCUUCCUUUCCGAUCAUCAACGGACAAAUGUGGCUCUUACUCGAGCUAGGCAUUGCCUUUGGAUACUAGGGAAUAGUGCGACUCUCAUUAAUAGUGGUUCUGUUUGGAAAAAAUUAGUCUUGGAUGCAAAAUCUAGGGGUUGUUUCUACAAUGCUGAAGAUGACAAGAACUUGGCUGAUGCCAUUUCUUCUGCCUUAACUGAUUUCCGCUUGUUUGAUAAGCUAUUCAAGAAUGACUCAGUAUUGUUCCAGAAUGCAAGGUGGAAGGUUUGCUUCAGAGAUGAAUUUUCAAAAUCAUUUGCGAAAAUUCAGGACUCAGAGAUCCAUAAAGAAAUCCUCUCGAUUAUGAGGAAACUUUCCAGUGGUUGGUUCCCCGCACGAGAUCACAGUGCCGUAGGUGAAAAUUUCGGUGCUUCGGCUUUGUUGCUGGGGCUGCAUGAUUUGAAGGGUUCAUUGAAACUAAUUUGGACAGUUGACAUUGAAAGGGAGAGUUCAAGGGAAGUUCAGGUUCUAAAAUUCUGGGAGAUCUUGCCAGGCUCAGGGAUACCAAACAUCGUAAAAAGGCUUGACGAGCUGUAUGGAAACUAUACGAUGAACACUUUGAACCGGUGCAGACUCAGAAAGAUGGAAGGUGGUUUAGUAGUUCCAUAUUCGUGGUCAGUUGAAACACAUUCUGUUGUGACAACGGACAGCUUGAUAAAUAAGUUAGCUACUAUCAGCCUACAUGACGAGCCUAAACCGUCUGCAAAAAGUUCUGGGUAA